ACACGUUUUUAACAUUUGGACGGGUAAUUCAGUCAGCUGAUUUAAUUGUUGUUCGACUCUUGUUUUAUUUUGAUUUUAUCCAGAAAUGGGCGAAAACGUACAAGGAACAUUCGUAUCUAAAAAAAUUUCCAAAAUAAGGUGGCAACAUAGAGAUUUUACAGAAGCAAAGAAUUUCUUAACCGGCAGUUGGGAUAACCCGAUAAAUAAAAUAACGUAUUGGACAUUUAGCACAAAUUAUGAUGAAGAACCAUCGCCUGUAGUCCUAUCAUCAUACUCAUUCCUUGGGGAUGUUACUGAACUAAAGUUUAUCAGCAAAGAUUUCUUCGUGGCUUCCUCAUCUUUAGGUUCGGUGAGAUUACUACAAGUUAAUGAAGAUACUUGUGCUGAAUUUAAAGAACAUAUGGCAUGGGAGUUUAUACAUAGUUUUAAAACAACAGAUUAUGCUUCUUGCACUGCAUUAUCUACUUUUGAGCAAGAUAUAGCUUCUGUGGGAGAAGAUGGAAAGCUUAAUCUCCUUACAGCUGUAGAGAAAAAACCAGUUAGGAUUAUUGAAAAUGCUGAUAGUUGCUCUAUAUAUUGCAUCGAUUUUUUAAAACACAAUGAAGUACUUACAGGAAAUUCAAGAGGACAUAUGAAGGUUUGGGAUUUAAGAAACGAUCGAGAUAUACCUGCAUCCACUUUUAUGCUUUCUGAUCAAGUUAAAGCAACAGCUACGAGUAUUACACAUCAUCCAACACAAAGACAUAUUGUAGUCGCGGGUGGAGACGAUGGCAGUUUAACUGUAUGGGAUUUGAGGCAAAAUACUUAUCCAAUGUCACAACUUAAUGCACAUGCCAAAGCUGUUAGUGAAAUACUUUUCCAUCAAGAUAGACCUGACAAUCUUUUCACUUGUUCUAUCAGUGGAGAAUUGUGGCACUGGAAUAAUGCACAAAGUUCAAAAUUGAAACUCGAUUCUACAGAUACACAUUGGUUAAAUACAAUUAGUGCAAAUGGAAAAGUUAAUGUGACUUCAUUGUGUGCUGCUAUGCAUAAACCAAUAAAUAGUAUUGAUAUCGACAGAUCAAUGCUACUUUUUGGAUGUGAUAAUGAAGCAAUGUAUAUAGUAAGAAAUGUUCUUGUGUAAUAAUAAUGUGUGUGAAGAUACAUUGUUUUUUAUAUCUUUAUUAUGCUUAAUAAACAAGUACCAGUA